AUGGAGGAGUACAACCCUGGAUUUUACAGAAACCCAGUUUUCAGUGAUCCACAGGAAGCAGAAACCGUCUCAGAAAAUGAUCCGGACUCGCCCUCCUCCGGGGAGGAGACAAAGGUGUUCACUACUGCACCAUCACCCAAGAAAAGGAGGGGAGUAGUGCAGAAGAGGGUCGUGUCAGUUCCAAUCAGAGAGAUGGAAGGAUCCAAGGGAAAAGGAGAUGGAAAUCCACCUUCUGAUUCAUGGACUUGGAGGAAGUACGGCCAGAAACCUAUCAAAGGGUCUCCAUAUCCAAGGGGAUACUAUCGAUGUAGUUCUUCCAAGGCUUGUCCGGCGAGGAAACAAGUGGAGAGAAGCCGUUCGGACCCAAGAAUGCUCUUGAUCACCUACGCUUGCGAGCACAACCACCACAUGCCAACCACCAAAGGAUCCCACUCCGCCGCCUUAACCGACCCUGUAAAUGCGACAUCACCCACCAAAGAGUUUGAACUUCCCGAUAGAGUUGCACCUAUAGAGGAGCUCACCCCCAUUGCAAGUCAAGUCGACCUCGAGCUUAGUGGUGACUCGGGGGCGUUGCUUGGCGACAAUGGUUGGUUCGACGACAUGGAGACGACAAUUGUACUAGAAAGUUCAUUUUGUGUAGGAAAUAGCGACCUUGUGGACAUGGAUGUGGCAAUGAGGUUGGAACAUGAAGACGAGUAUUUAUUUGCUGAUUUAGGCGAGUUACCUGAGAGUUCAGUCAUUUUUAGACAUAGGAAGCUAAACUCAGACGAACAAAAUCAACGGCGUAGUGUAAGUAUUACUACAUAG